AACCGGAAAUGCUGGAGCUCUGGUGUUGAAACUUUGGUUGAAGCUGUUUUUCUGUUCCUGUCUUCUGUUACUGACUGAACUGAGGUCUAUGCUAAGGCAAUGUUAAGGUGUUCUUUUAGGCGCCUCCUGACCUAUCCUGUCGCAGGUCAAACAAGAAAGAUGUCUGGUGCCAGUCUAGCUGGGUCUCAAGGCAGUCUUUCUGGAAAAGUUGCCAUAGUCACUGCCUCCACAGAAGGAAUAGGUCUGGCUACAGCCCGGGCGUUGGGCCAGAGAGGGGCUCAUGUGGUGGUGAGCAGCAGACGCCAGAACAAUGUGGACCGGGCCGUGGAGCUCCUGCAGAGGGAGAAGAUCCAAGUGACCGGCACCACAUGCAACGUUGGGAAAAGUGAAGACAGAGAACGACUAGUUAACAUGACUGUGGAGCAGUGUGGUGGUGUGGACAUCCUGGUUUCCAAUGCAGCCGUCAACCCUUUCUUUGGGAACAUCAUGGACUCCACAGAAGCAGUCUGGGAUAAGAUCCUGGAUGUGAAUGUAAAGUCAGCCUUUCUUAUCACCAAACUGGUGGUGCCUCAUAUGGAAAAGAGAGGCGGUGGAAGUGUUGUGUUUGUGUCUUCUGUCGCUGGGUACCAGCCUAUACAGGCCCUGGGACCUUACAGUGUGAGUAAGACGGCACUGUUGGGACUUACCAGAGCCCUGGCCCCAGAACUAGCCCAGUGUAAUAUUCGGGUCAACUGUGUUGCCCCCGGCAUCAUCAAGACCAGCUUCAGCCAAGCCUUGUGGCAGAAUGAAGACAUUUUGGGCGAGUUCAAAAAGCAGCUUAGCAUUAAAAGGCUUGGUGAGCCGGAAGAGAUCGGAGGAGUGGUCGCCUUCCUGUGUUCUAAAGACGCGUCUUACAUCACUGGAGAGACCAUUACCGCGACGGGAGGGAUGAGCUGCCGACUGUGACACUGAUCCCCUGGAAAUUGUCAACAGAUUCUGGCAACACAGACUUUGGUACUGAAAGGUGUCAAGAGGCAGCACAGAUCGACACACGAAUAAUGGAAUGUGGCCUUUCCUCAUUACUUUAAAGAAAGUUGAUACUAAAUCUUGUCUGGGACCCGGAAUCUGAUAAGUGAUUGAUUGGCACAGAAACAUCUUUAGUUUUGGCAAUAGAGUAAAUCGUACGUUUAAAACUGUAUGCUACUUAAGGCCUUUUGGGAUGCGCUUUGGAUGCACACAAAUAAUUUCUGGGUGUAUAAAUAUUGUGAAACACUAUCAUUCCACUGUUACUGCAGAUGUAAUGGAGAUUUUCUAAUAAUAAUGCAUAAUUGCUCCUUUAAGCCUCACAACCUAUAAGCUUUUGGAGAUUGAUGAUGGCUUGACAGUUGUUUGUAGAUGAUAAUAGCUCCCCAAUAGGCUAUGUGAAUAGAGAUGGAAAGAAAUCUCGUCAAACUGUUCUAUUAUGGAUUUUGUUCAAGUGUCUUUAAGGCCGUCUCCAUUUGUAAGUAGUCCAUUUCUUUGUGGUUAUGGCUGAUCCCUCAUGAUAACCUAGUUGGUGUUGAGAUGACAUGACUAACUCUGUCAUCAAGAGGGAUUAGUCAACACGAUUCCCCCUUUGCUAAUAAAAUCCUUGCAAAUCUC